AUGAUCAAAUUAGAAGGAGAUGAAGAAGACGAAGAAGAUGACGAAGAAGAUGACGAAGAAGAUGACGAAGAAGAUGACGAAGAAGAUGACGAACAAGAGGAAGAAGGGGAUGUUGUUGCUGAGGAAAUAGAGAUUGAAUGUGGUGGAGGUGAUGAUGGAGGGGAAGGAGGAGAAGAAGAUGAUGAAGAAAAUGAUGGAGAAAAUGAUGAUGCUGAUGGUGAUGAUGAUGAUUGA